GGAUUCAGGACGACCCCCCCCCCUCUAAAAAGUUUUGGUUUUGGGGUUGUUUGUGUGGAAAGAGCUUGUCCCUAAAGCGGGACUGAGGGAGGGGAAAGGAAAGGGAAAGCCUAAUGGGGCUAUUACCUUGGAAGAAGAAGCAUGGAAACUUUGCCUGCUCAUUUAUUACAAUACCCCAUUUCUCCUGAAUGAUUUGGAAGACAAGUCUGUAAACUCAGAACCUAUCUUUAACUUUGACUGCUGCAUUAGUACCAUGCCUAGCAGAAUGGGAUCAAAAAUGAAUAUGAAGAGAGAUUUCAUUAGAGUAAAAACACAUUAUAAUGGGGAUAUCCUCAUAACAAAUCUGGGUGCAUCCAUCAACUAUGGUGAACUUUGUGAUGAAGUCAGAGAGAUGUGCAAUUUACAACAGGAACAACCAAUUACCCUUAAGUGGAUUGAUAAUGAAGGUGAUCCAUGUACCAUAUCAUCUCAGAUGGAACUGGAAGAAGCAUUCCGUUUGUACUGUCAGCAUAGAGAUGAAGGGCUCAUUAUUCAUGUUUUCCCCAGUGUUCCAGAAAAGCCAGGCAUGCCAUGUCCAGGAGAAGACCAAUCAAUCUACCGACGUGGAGCCAGAAGAUGGAGGAAGCUGUACAGAGUGAAUGGGCAUCUGUUCCAAGCCAAACGCUUUAACAGAAGAGCAUACUGUGGCCAGUGCAGUGAAAGGAUAUGGGGUCUCGGAAGGCAAGGCUACAAGUGUAUCAACUGCAAGUUGUUGGUCCAUAAACGCUGUCACAUUCUUGUCCCACUGACCUGCAAAAGGCAUAUGGAUUCUGUGAUGCCUUCCCAGGAACCUCAGUUAGAUGAUAAGAAUGAUGAAGUUGACAUUCCCACAGAAGAGAGUGAUGGAAUACCUUAUAUUCCUUCAGCCCGAAAGCAUGACAAUAUUAAGGAUGAUUCUGAGGAGCUCAAGCCAGUUAUUGAUGGAAUGGAUGGAAUUAAAAUCUCUCAGGGGCUUGGUCUACAGGACUUUGAUCUAAUCAGAGUUAUUGGACGAGGAAGCUAUGCCAAAGUUCUAUUAGUGCGGUUAAAAAAAAAUGAUCAAAUUUAUGCGAUGAAAGUAGUGAAGAAAGAAUUAGUCCACGAUGAUGAGGAUAUUGAUUGGGUGCAGACAGAAAAACAUGUGUUUGAACAGGCAUCCAGUAAUCCGUUUUUAGUUGGCUUGCAUUCCUGCUUUCAAACGACAAGUCGGUUGUUUCUUGUUAUAGAGUACGUGAAUGGGGGCGACCUCAUGUUUCAUAUGCAACGGCAAAGAAAACUCCCUGAAGAACAUGCAAGGUUCUAUGCUGCUGAAAUCUGUAUUGCUCUCAACUUCCUACAUGAGAGAGGCAUAAUCUACAGAGAUUUAAAAUUAGACAAUGUUCUCCUGGAUGCAGAGGGUCAUAUCAAGUUAACAGACUACGGUAUGUGCAAGGAAGGAUUGGGCCCUGGUGACACUACAAGCACUUUCUGUGGAACACCAAAUUACAUUGCACCAGAGAUUCUACGAGGAGAAGAGUACGGGUUCAGUGUGGAUUGGUGGGCACUUGGUGUCCUAAUGUUUGAAAUGAUGGCAGGAAGAUCUCCCUUUGAUAUUAUUACAGACAAUCCAGAUAUGAACACUGAAGAUUACCUCUUCCAAGUUAUCCUUGAAAAACCAAUCCGAAUUCCAAGAUUCCUUUCUGUGAAGGCAUCCCACGUCCUGAAAGGAUUUUUAAAUAAGGAUCCCAAAGAGAGGCUUGGCUGCCAACCACAAACUGGAUUUUCUGAUAUCAAGUCUCACACAUUCUUUCGCAGCAUAGACUGGGAUCUGCUGGAAAAGAAGCAGGCAACCCCUCCAUUUCAGCCUCAGAUCACAGACGAUUAUGGUCUGGAUAACUUUGAUACCCAGUUCACCAGCGAACCUGUGCAGCUAACUCCAGAUGAUGAAGAUGUAAUAAAAAGAAUAGACCAGUCGGAGUUCGAAGGAUUUGAAUAUAUUAAUCCAUUGUUGCUGCAAACUGAGGAAACAGUAUGAGAGAAUGGCAUCGACACAGAGGACAAAUAAUGUGAAUGAACUUUGACAUUUAAUCCUUAACAACAGUAUAUGCAUGCAAGGCUGGGGUAAACUGUAAGGUUUUGAGUGGAGACCAAUGAUGAUAAUUGCUGCUGAAAAAUCAAAAAAACAUGAUUUUGGUAGGUGUCUUCCUCUAUUUUUUUUGGAAAAAAAGAAGUUUGGGGCACUGACAGAGCUGGCUUCACAAAGAAAUCUGCAUUUCGUGCCUGCUUCAUCAAGGAUCAAUAGUUGUUUGCAUCCUUGGAAGAGAGAUUCCAAACCACUUUCAAAGCUGCACGCUUCUGAUGGACAUUUUCAUGCAACGAGCUACUAGAACAGUGUAACAUCCUGAAGAAUAAAAUUGUUAGUGGUGUUGAAGCUUACUUUAGAUGCCUUUUUUCACAAGUGGUACCUAUCUUAAAUGUCUGUUUUUUAUAUAUAUAUAUAUGUAUUACAUAUAUAUAUAUAAUGUGGAAUAAAAGGAGUUGUGUUUUAUUAGCAAUUAAAACAAGUUUGGGUACAGUAUUAAGUGCCUAAAUGGAUAAACUGCAUAAAAAUAUUCCGUAUUUGGUACACUUGAUAAACCCUGGUAA